CGGGCGUACUCGUCUCCGUUCAUUUACACUUAGUCGUUUACCCAAAUUUCAUUUUCCAAUCGUAUUCGGGCUACCGACCAAGUGUAAUUGAGCCAUUAUAUAUUUAAGAUGUUUUAUGUAUUUUCUUUCGCGGUGUGCUUUCAGUUUGUACUUACGCAUACAAUUUUUUAAUGUGGUUAUUAAGUACUUAUGUAUUUUAUGAAUUGCCGCAACUGUGUUUAUCAAUAACGGCGAGUAAAGGAGGAGUGGAUGUAACGUGUGCUACAGGACAGCGGAAUCGAUGUAGUGUUACGGGUUGGAGUCGGAGGUCUGAGUGGCUGGGCGGCGGCGGCGCGCGGCGGCCUGGGGUCGGGCGGCGGGCGACGGGCGGCGGCGCGGCGGCAGGCACGGCGGGCGGCUCAGCGGCGCGGCAGUCGCGCGCCAGCACGUGCGCGGACCGCCUUCGCGCCGCUGGCGUCACCAACCACCCGUGCCCCGUGCCCCUUGUUCAAUAUUCGGGAUCACCACCGCUUCAUAUUUCAUAUUAACACUUUAGUAACCAUAACAUCAAAGUACGCAUCGCCCAGAUAGAACACCCACCCGAUCUCCUAGUGAUUUACCAUUAAUGGGUCAAAUAGCCACUGUUUAAAAAUGUAUAGCAGCGAAGUUCGGUGAAAAUCGAUAAAACUAUGUUUUGAAGUAAAGAUAAAGAGAACGAAAGUGUGUCUAUAUUGCCACAUUGAUAAGUACAUAAAAUUAGAUGAAGAAAAAUCUGAGGACAAUGGAAAGGGAAAUGUUCUGAAAACAUGGAUAAGUCUACACAGCAGCGAACUCUGAACAAAGUAUGGGCUUGCCUGCUGCCACCAUGGGGGUUCCAGGGUGUGGAAGAAGAGCAGCUGUACUCAGCGUACAUGCAGCGGCAGCGCCAACGCGCCGUGCCUCGCCUACUGGCCUCCGGAGUACUGUUACAACUGUUCGCUGUGCUCGUACCAGGAGAAAGGAACUUAAUGUUCGCUUAUUCUUCCGUUGUGAUAUCUUUACUAGUCAAUUCUACCUUGGCCAUAGUAUACGUCUGCAACAAAUCUACCCGACUAGCUUUAAAUCAUGUGGCGUGGUUCGUGGUGUGGGGGCAAUUUCUAUUGAGCGUGUCUCGUAGACUUGGAGACUCUUAUAAUGAACUGCUUGGAUGGGCAUUCAUGUUGCAAUACUUCACACUGGCAACCAUGCCGUUUAACUACAUGCUCUUGUUGUUGUACGCCUCGAUUUCCUUCUUUGGAUACCUGGCCGUGCAGUACUAUAAUGCUUCUUCAUCCGAGAGUCAACUUCCUGAGGACUUCAUUUAUCAGCAACUAUCAAAUGGUUUGUUGCUAAUUGGAGCUUCGCUAUUGGGCGGUACAGCAUUUGUAGUUACUGAAAGACUUCAACGUUUGUCAUUUCAAGAAACGAAGCGAAGUUUACGAGAUAAAUUAACUAUAGAACAACAGAGCAAAGAACAGGAGCGUUUACUACUUUCCGUACUUCCGGAACAUGUUGCUGUCCAAAUGCGUCAAGACUUAGGAUUAAUUGAUACACAAUUCAAAAAAAUUUACAUGUCACGCCAUGAAAACGUCAGCAUCUUGUACGCAGACAUCGUUGGUUUCACAGCAAUAUCAUCUACAUACUCUGCACAAGACCUCGUCGCAAUAUUAAAUGAGUUGUUUGCUCGGUUCGACCGACUUGCUGAGAAAUAUCAACAAUUACGUAUAAAAAUUCUGGGUGACUGUUAUUACUGCAUCAGCGGAGCGCCAGUGGAGAGACCAGACCAUGCCGUUCUUUGUGUUCACAUGGGGCUUUCUAUGGUCAAGGCUAUAAAAUAUGUACAGCAGACUACGAACUCUCCCGUGGACAUGCGCGUGGGCAUCCAUACAGGAGCGGUGCUGGCCGGUGUGCUCGGUCAACGGCAAUGGCAAUUCGAUGUUUAUUCUCGCGAUGUUGAAUUAGCCAAUAAAAUGGAGAGCAGCGGCAUGGCUGGGCGUGUGCAUAUAUCAGAGGUGACCAAGAGUUUCCUGAACGACGAGUUCGAAGUGGAACCAGCACACGGUGAGCGGCGCGAGGAGAUGCUGCGCCAGGCCGGCAUCAAGACCUACUUUAUUGUACGCGUGCUCAAACCGUACCUGGGAGGGGAAGAAAGAAGCGCGCCGGAAGGCGAGGCUGCGGAGGGAGGUGACGCGAGCGACUCGCUAUCCGACCUCAAAGACGACGACGAGGACUCAGUUCUCUCGCCGCAAGACGAGACCAAGGAGAAUGAGGAACAGAAAAUACACAAGAUGUUGCAAGAAGAACUCGUGAAUAGAGACGACGACAAAGAACUGGCGGAUGCGACAACGCUAUGCUUGACGUUCAAAGCGAAGGAGUUGGAGGCGGCGUUCGCUCGACGGCAUGACCCGUACCCUCUGACGGUUGCAGCUCCGCCGUUGAUGAUGAUGCCGGCAGUCGUAUCGCUGGCUAACUUCGCGGUGCCACCAGCCUGGGCACUCCACGCGGUAUACUUGGCACUGGUGCUGGAGACUGGACUGAUCAACGUCGCGUAUUAUGCCUGCUGCCGCUAUGCUCAGUACAAGAAAAAAUCGGUCAGUCCAUACUGGAAGUUGACCUGCGGCACGUUCAACAUGGCAAUGUUCGUCGCCGCUAACGUUGCUCCUUUGAUAGUCUGCGGGAGCUAUGAGACGGUUUUGCAAGACGGCCUGCGCGACGACGCACCAGCACAUAGCGGCGCGCGGCGCUGCAUACAUCCUUCGUAUUACUACCACGUGGGUGCGGGCGCCUUGUGUGGAUGCCUGUGGGUGACCCCGUUGAGCGGCGGGGCGCGCGCUGUGCUGCUGCUGCUGAUGGCCGCCUUCCACAUCCUGCCAGCUGCACUGCAUCCAGCACUACUGGUGCCACGCCCGUCCCUCGACCGUGACCCUUACCGGGCUACCUUCAACGCCACCACUGACUACGACGAAGACUUGUUCCAUCUGCUAUCGCAAAUCCACACGGUCCGGAACAUCAUAAUGCUAUUCUUCCUUAUGAUUGCACUACUCAUAUUUCACAGAUAUACGGAGUCCCUGGAACGGGCCCGGCACUCGCGUGGCCAGCGUAUGCAUGCACAGGCGGCGCAAGCAGCCGAUCUACGGCGUCGGAACCAGGCGCUCAUCCACAACGUGUUGCCGCCACAUGUGGCGCGACACUUCAUGGGCGCGCGUCAUCACCACCGCGACCUCUACAGCCAGAGCUACGCUGAGGUCGGCGUGCUCUUCGCCUCCAUGCCCAACUUCUCAGAGUUUUACUCGGAAGAAACUGUUAACAACCAAGGCCUGGAAUGUUUACGAUUUCUCAACGAGGUUAUAUCGGACUUCGAUUUGCUAUUAGAAGAUGCGAAAUUCAGCAAAGAUAUAAUUAAGAUAAAGACAAUUAGUUCCACUUAUAUGGCAGCUUCUGGCCUCAAUCCGACGCGGCAUAUGCAGCCUUCGGAUGGCGUGCUGGUACGCUGGGCGCACCUAGCGUGCCUCGUGGAGUUUGCGUUGGAGCUGCAGCGCGUGCUGGCCGCCAUCAACGAGCAGUCGUUCAACCACUUCGUGCUGCGGAUGGGCGUCAACCACGGGCCCAUCACGGCCGGCGUCAUCGGCGCAAGAAAGCCGCACUACGACAUAUGGGGCAAUACCGUCAACGUCGCCUCGCGGAUGGAGAGCACAGGCAAAGCGGGAUGCAUACAGGUGACAGAAGAGACUUGCCAUAUUUUGGAGAGUUUCGGGUAUUUCUUUGAGCAACGCGGGUUGGUGGCAGUGAAGGGCAAAGGACAGCUGAUGACAUACUACCUGCAAGGCAAACGCGAUGCUCCCCUUACGAACACUAAUAAAUCUCAGGCUGAUAUAGCAGCAUUGGAGGCGAGUGCUAGUGACACGCUCAUCGCAAACGGAGACGCCGCCUCACCCAGCAUACGACCCUCGCCCCGACUCGCCGAAUCGGAGGCAGACCGACCUCUUUUGCGACCCUAAGAUAUAAAUAAACAAAUAAAAAAAAAACAAAGACUAUAUUCGCAAAUUCGCGCAACCAUUUUGGGAAACAUACCGGAUAUUGCCUGACCUCUACUCCAGAUACCCCUUUGGCAGUUUUUAGAAACCAUUUUUCGAAACCGUUUCGAGAAAAGAAUUAGAAUUCUUUUUUGAAACCAAUUUCGAUUUCAGAUAAAUAUUUCUUCUUUCGAAAAUAGUUUCGACAAACAUUUAUAAUUCUAACAUCGAAACUCGAUAUGUAAUAAAAAAAAAAUAGGUGCGUGUACUUAUGUAGGCGCGUGAGAAGUUAUCCUUCUUUGGCAUCGUUUAAAAUUAGUUUUUAAUUGCAUGGAAAUAAUUAAUUACAAUAAAUUAAUAAAAAGUCUGGAAAAGGACACAGUCAAUAAAGUUCAGUUUUAAUUUGAAAAAAUAAAUAAAUAAUCAAAAUAUUCAAUUAAAAUCGCUACUGAAUAUAAUUUAUUAGAACAUAUGUGAUUUGCACUUGUAUGAAACUCAAACACGUAUUCCGAAUAUACAAACUAGAAACAUGUGGAUAAAUAUUAUAAAUAUGAAUACCUAUAACUGUUACUUUAUUACAAAAAAUAAAGAUGUGGUUUUUGGUUCUACUACACCAAUGGUCAAGAGAUGGCGCUGGAGUCUCCUGAAUCGCGCUUUGGUUCCGUUGUUCCAGAUUAAUAAAUACUUUUGAUAUUAUAAAUAUGAAUACCUAUAACUGUUAUUUUAUUACAAAAAAUAAAGAUGUGGUUUUUGGUUCUACUACACCAAUGGUCAAGAGAUGGCGCUGUAGUCUCCUGAAUCGCGCUUUGGUUCCGUUGUUCCAGAUUAAUAAAUACUUUUGAU